CUCAAUGCAGAAUUUGUGAUUCCUCUAAUUAUUUCACCGUCGGGACGAUGUUCUCCGCUGGGGUACGUUGAUUGGUCCGGAGGAGCGGUGAUGUCACCGCCGUGCCGGCCGGUGCGAAACCUCGCGCAAAACCCCAGCGCGAGAGCGCCUCUCCAGAUGGAGUUCGGCGCGCAACUGGACUAGAUCGGUGUGCCCGUGCGUCCGCGACGCGCUACAAAGGCCGCCUCGCACUGCCUUGAUGACCUCGGCCUGGUCCCGCACACCGCGCAGCAGCCCGUCAUGGGGGACGGUGGCGCGCACUCCGCGCUGAGUCUCCCGAACGCCUCCGGCACCGAGGCGCCGGACGCGCCGGACUCCGCGACGGCCGCCUCCGAGCGGUGGAUGGCGGGGAUGAGCGUGCUGAUGGGUCUGAUCGUCGUGUCCAUCGUGCUCGGCAACAUCCUGGUCAUCGUGGCCAUCGCCAAAACGCAGCGGCUGCAGACGCUCACCAACGUGUUCAUCGUGUCCCUGGCGGGCGCGGACCUCAUCAUGGGGCUGCUGGUGGUGCCGUUCGGCGCCGCGCUCGAGGUGCGCGGCUCGUGGCUGUACGGCAGCUUUUUCUGCGAGUUCUGGAUCUCCGUGGACGUCCUUUGCGUCACCGCCAGCAUCGAGACCCUGUGCGUUAUCGCCAUAGACAGGUACGUGGCCAUCACCUCCCCUUUCCGCUACCAAAGCCUGUUGACUAAAGCUCGGGCCAGAACGGUGGUGUGCGUGGUCUGGGCCAUCUCCGCGCUGGUCUCCUUCCUCCCCAUCCUGAUGCACUGGUCCCGGGACAGCGUGGACACCGCCUGCUACGACGACCCCGAGUGUUGCGACUUCGUCACCAACCGGGCUUACGCCAUCUCCUCGUCCAUCAUAUCUUUUUACAUCCCUCUGCUGGUUAUGAUAUUUGUUUACGCCCGCGUGUACAGAGAGGCCAAGCAGCAGCUGAGGAAGAUCGACAAGUGCGAGGGCAGGUUUCACAACACCUUAACCGGGCUGACGUCGAAGUUCAAGAAGAGGCCGUCUAAGAUUCUGGCGCUCAGGGAGCAGAAGGCGCUCAAGACGCUGGGGAUCAUCAUGGGGACGUUCACCCUGUGCUGGCUGCCUUUCUUUAUCGUCAACGUGGUGCGCGUGUUCUGCGCCGAGGUGGUGGACAAGGACCUUUUCGUGUUCCUGAACUGGCUCGGUUACGCGAACUCCGCGUUCAACCCCGUCAUUUACUGCCGGAGCCCGGACUUCAGGAAGGCGUUCAAGAGGCUGCUGUGCUGCCCGAGGCAAGCCGACCGCCGGCUGCACGCCAGCUCGUGUGACCUGUCGCGGUACUCCGGCGGGUUCGUCUCCGCGCUGGAGCCCGGCGCGUUGGGUCUGUGGUCCGACUGCGCCGCCUUGGACGACGGGGACGGCGGCUUGGGGCGGGCCGCGAAGCUGUCGCACUUGGAAUCACAGCUGUGAAGGGAAUGGGAAGUAGGCAUUUUGUGGUGGAUUACUAUUUAGUCAUGGGGAAGGAUGAACGGGGGGGUCUUUUUGGAAAGGUGUGCGCAACAUCCGCAACUUAAUUGUAUUGCAAGCAGUAGGCUAUUUUCUUUUUAAAAAAGGUGGUGGAGCUGGACCAACAUUAUUUCCAAGAUGCGCAAAUAUCACCAUGGAUAGUUCAGUGAUGUUCUUUUGUUGUUGUUUUUAACUAUCAACCCUUAAUGUUUUGUGGGUGUGGGUGUGAUAAACAUCCUCGGUGCUGCGCGCAUUACGGAACUGGAUUCAGCGGAUGGACACUCGUUCCAAAGAGCGCACGCUUUCAUCCUCCCAUUGGACCCGCAGUUCACAUGGACGCGGACAGUCAGUGGACACCUCCACGGUUUGCGAGACGUGUCGUCAUCUAUUCUUUAGAGUGACGCAUCUCUGUACUAAAGUGAAUGUUAUUUAAAUCCAGCGGACACGCUUACUGUUAUAAGCCUUGUCGUGCUCACAAUGUGCAAUUUGUACGACGGGUAUUUGUUUACAUUAAACAUAACGUAAUUAUACGCAUAUAUAUAUUUAUAUAUAUUUAUUCCGCGCUGUCUUUUACAACUAAACAAGUGAAUGUGGGACUGAUUUCGGCCCUUUGUACAUAUGUUGGUGUUUAAGACUCAAGUGAGGAUUUUGAGCCUCUUUCUUUGUAUUUAAGCUUUACAUGCUAUUGUGAGGUGGCGUGUUGACUCCUGUGAAAUAAAAGGAUGUUUCAUUGUUA